GUGUGUUAGAAGAUACAUGACCCAUAUUAUUUUCCGUAGUAGUGAUGGAGUUAGCUAAAAACUGAAAUCAUUGAUAGAUCCAAAUCUAUGUUAUACAACAUUUUGUGAUACUGUAAUAAUGUCAUAGGCUAACAUUUAACGCAGACCAGUAAAAUGGUCCAAACUUAUCAAUCACCCGUAAGGGUGUACAAACAUCCUUUUGAACUUGUUAUGGCAGCUUACGAAAAGAGAUUCCCAACAUGCAAGAUGAUUCCAGUUUUUCUUGGUAGUGAGAUUAUUCAUGAAUUUAAGUCGGAAGAUGGCGCAGAACAUAUAGUUGAAAGGCGCUGCAAAUUAAAUGUGGAUGCUCCUUAUCUGUUGCGUAAGAUUGUUGGUGUAGACCACGUCAUAUUUAUUCAGAAGAACCAUCUGAAUAGACGGGAAAGGACUUUAGAUAUUGUUGCACAAAAUGAAAGUUUUUCAACUAGGCUCUCUAUAUAUGAACAUUGUCAUUACUCAGUGCAUCCAGAAAACCCAAACUGGACAUGCUUUGAGCAGGAUGCAAGUUUGGAUAUCAAACACUUUUUUGGGUUUGAAAGUACAGUGGAAAAGAUUGCCAUGAAACAAUACACAUCUAAUGUAAAAAAGGGUAAGGAAGUGAUUGAGUACUAUAUCAAUGAGCUGAUAUCUGAAGGUGUCUCGUACAUCCCUCCCUGGGAGGGAGCUCCCGCAGAGGUCACUAAAGCAGAUAAAGAGGAAGAUCCUAGUCAAGACAGUGGCCUUCGAAGCCGUUCUGACAGUGUUGGAAGUCAGCAUAGCCAGCACAGCUUAAUCCUGGGUGCCACUGCAGCUUCCAUGCAACGCAAGUCUCUAACCCCGCCUGAAGUUGUGUUGUCAUUGGAAGGUGCCGGGAAAGCUGACACCAGCACGGAUAAGAUUGAUGAUGAUUACAUUGCUCGUUUUCUGGGUCAUUUAACCAUGGUAGAGGAGAGUCAGCUUGUUCAGCUGAGAAGGUGGCUACAAAAAACACACAAAGGCAAGAUUCCCAAAGAUGCACACAUACUGAGGUUUCUGCGAGCCAGGGAAUUUAAUGUAGAAAAAGCCCGUGAAAUGCUGGUCCACUCUCUUGCUUGGCGUAAGCUCCACAACAUUGAUAAGAUUUUAGAUGGCUACAAACCACCUGAAGUUCUGGAGACCUAUUACCCAGGUGGAUGGCACUACUGUGACAGAGAGGGCCGUCCUUUGUAUAUAAUAAAACUUGGACAAAUGGAUGUUAAAGGUUUAAUGAGGUCUGUUGGUGAGGAAGCAAUACUUAGACAUGUCUUGGCUGUUAACGAAGAAGGUCUGAGGAGAGCUGAGGAUGCAACCCAAAGGCGUGGAUAUCCUGUUAGUGCUUGCACUUGUAUUGUGGAUUUGGAAGGUCUAAGCAUGAGACACUUAUGGCGCCCAGGAAUACGAGCUCUGCUAAGGAUCAUAGAAACUGUUGAAGCUAACUACCCAGAGACAAUGGGUCGCCUCCUGAUAGUCAGAGCUCCCCGUGUCUUUCCUGUGCUGUGGACACUAGUCAGUCCUUUCAUUGAUGAAAACACCCGCAACAAGUUUAUGAUCUACGGUGGCAAAGACUACCUUGGUCCUGGCGGGCUCGUGGAGUUCAUGGAGAAGCAGUACAUCCCAGAUUUUCUGGGCGGGGACUGUUAUUGUGAUGUUCAUGAAGGAGGCUUGGUACCCAAAUCCUUGUACCAAGAAGAACUUGUGGACAAGUCUCCUGAAGAUCAGCCACUGAGCAGUGACAGCUUGUACCAGACUGCUGCACUUGCUAAAGACUUUCCACAUGAGGUGUUGGUGGAGGUCCCUGAGAAGGGCAGCGUGGUUACCUGGGACUUUGAUAUCCUGAAGGGGGACGUCACCUUCACCGUGUUCCUGUGCAGGAAAGCUAUUUCUCCACAGCCCCACCACCACAAUGCUGGGACAUCAGGCAACAUUGGAUCUGUGCAAUUUUUAGAUAAGAAUAUGGUAGUUGGCAGAGACAUCAGCAUCGUGGAGCCCCCUAAUAUAUGUAGAGAUGGAGAUAGUGUUCAGGGCUCUCAUGUGACAUCCCAAGCAGGAAAUUAUAUUUUACAGUGGAAAUAUUUGGAUACAACGAAGCCAUCUUUUGAUUUCCCCCUGACAUGGCACAAGUCUAAAGUUAUGUAUCACUCUGAGUUGUUGCCCUCGGCUGCUUUCAGAGGCUCCAUGUCCAGCCUGCAGUCGUGUCAGAGCGGCUUCUCUUCUCUCUCAGCUGGUACAGCCAGCAACCAGUCAAUGGCCGGUUCAUCUUGCCCAUCCAGAUCUCUGAAAGUACCACCAAGAUGACCAAACAAAGCAAGUAAAUGAAAAGAUAUUUUUAAAGGCAGACCUUGUCCUUCCUGUGGACCUGGGACUGUAUAACCAAGAGAAAAAGCUAACUGGAAUUUGUUUAGGCUAGACCCAUAAGUUGUAGUUUUUAGUUACCCAAAAUCACUGGUUGAAAUACAGGUUCAUUUUAUUUACACAUUUUGUGUUCAUUUUCCAUUCAAAUGGCACAUUAGAAACACUUAGUUGUCAUUCAUAGAAAUAAAUCACAUGUAUUUGAUAAAAACAAGUUAAUUCUUCAGUGUUAGUUAACCUAGAAUGCCCAUGUUUGAUUUUGUUUUACAUCAGAAAUUUAAAUAUGGUAAAUUCAAAUGUUCGUGUCUAAGAAUUUUGUUAGUUUACUCUGUGUUCUCAGUUACUUGAUUGGGAUUAAAAUUUAUUUAACUGAAUUGCUACAGACAUAUCUCAUUGCUUUGACUGGCCUGCAUAUAUUGGAAAGAUGAUAAAGAGUUAGCUUUGAGAUAUAUAUAUUUUUAAUUAUCUUUUUUUUCAAGAUUUAAUUAAGAAAUAAAUAUUUCUAGGACUUGAGUUACAGUAUUUUAAAAAUCCAAAUUAUUUAAUUUACUAAACUUUGAUUUGCAUCCAUUUUUUUAGUGAACUAAAUAAUGUAUACAUCUAUGACAUUGUGAAUUACUGGUUGACAAAAAAUUAUUGUAAAAAUGAGAAUUGUUAACAAUGCUUGUCAGUGAGAUAAAAAAAAUCCAGUCAUGCUUAUUAAAAUAUGCCUAAUUAAUUAUUAUUUUCAUAACAUAAACAAAUACUCUUUACUGUAAGUUGUGGGGUUUAUUUAUACUUAAUAUUAACAUGUAUUUUUUCCCUUACAUAUUUAGUGCGAUUGAGAUAUUUUAAUUUAAUAACAGGAGCAGCCAGUCUGUAUACUGUAGCAAAUCAAUUAAUGCAGUUAACAUUCCAAAGUUUUGCUAGUCAAAGUACUUGAAAUGUCAUGCAUGACAUUUUAGAAUAUUAAAUUAGGAAUGUAUCCCGAGGGAAGCCAGCAUGUUUUAUCUGGUUGGAAAAAAUAGCUAUAUGGGCAAAUGUGGUCAGUUUUAUUGUAAACCUAACCCCUUGAUAAAUUGUAAGCAUGUUGAUUAAUUGUUUGCAUGUUCUUUUCUCAAGCUAAAGUAGAUCCUGUUGAUAUUUCUCCUCUACUCUAAACUUGACAAUUAAAAAAUUCUUUCAACUCUUGUCAUUAACCUACCAAUCUAAUCAUUAACUCGUCCAAUGUUGAAAAUUUCAGCUGUAUUUUAAGUCUCCCAGUGAUUGAUAUUUUAAUGACAAUAUAUAAAACACAGGAGAAAUAAAUCAUGUUGUGUUCUGAAUGAAUUGUCAUAUUUAAGAUGAAAUUCAUGUAAGAAUUUUUUUAUUUUUUGUUGUUGGGUGUUUUGAAGAAGAUGUGCCAGUCUAGUUGAGGCAGCUCUUGUCAUGUGUGUACCAGUGGUAGUUUACAAGCUAGUGUGUGUUGUUUAGACACUCUUAAAGCUUUGUUAUUCAUUCAUUCAUCCAUGAAACUGAUUGUUCAUUGUCAAUAAAAUAUUUGGGAAUUAUAUGGAAAAAUCAUAACAUUAAUUUUUUCUUCAUAAGUAAAUCCCCUUGUGUUUUUUAAAAAAAAAUUAAUGCAAUUGCUGUUCUCAUAACUAACAUUUAAAAAUUAUUUAUUUAUUGGAAAAUAAUUCUAAAAUAAAAAUUGCAACCCUUAAAAUAUUUAUUAGAAAAAACACUCUGUAAUAAAAAUUACAACCCUUUUAAUAUUUAUUAGAAAAUACAUUCUGUAAAAAAAUUGCAACCCUUUUAAUAAUGUUUUCCUUAUCCAGCCUGACUAAAAUUCUGCUGAGUUUUCAAAAAUCAGAAUACAAAAUUUUGUGGAAAGUAAAUUGUAAGCUGAGGACCUCAGGUGUUUUUAUUACUAUUUUUCUCAUUGCACUCUGUAGUGUUUAAAAAAAGAAUAAGAGAGUCAGCAAAAAAAAAGUCUUUAGUUUUUUCGUUACAGUAUUCUUCAUUUAAAGGCUUUUUAAUGAUGCUGAGAACACUGAAUAUUUAAAACCCACAUUUUAAAGUGGGAGAUGCAUGCUCUGCUAUCCAAUUUUUUAAUAUUAAAACUGAACAAACAACCAGCUUUUUUGAAAACAGUAACUUAAAAUUUAUUACAAAUUUUAGUGGUUGUAAGAUUUGUGUUGUGCUUAUUCCUCAUAUAAUAGUUUAAAAUUUUGUUAUAAAAUUUACACAUUAGAGGGGGUUCAAGAGGAAAAUUUCAGCAAACUAGCUGGGUUUUUUUUUUUAUAAUUAUUUUUUGUAAAUCUUUUUAACUUCAAGGGCAAGUAAUUAUUUUUAACUAUUGAUCUUUGACAGUUUUGAAUGAAAUAUACAUAUUUUUCUAAAGUUUUUAAAAAAAAAAUCUGCAAGUAAAUCUUUUUAGACAUUGUUUCUGUGGCCACUUAGAUAGAGAUGUUCUAAAAGUGCAAUUUUGACAUUUAGAUCUCUCCACCUUUAAUUGUACGAUGUGUCAUUGUAAUUGUGACACUUUUUUUUUCAAAAUUUUUUUUUUCGCAUCUUGUUUUCUGAAAAUUAAAUUUUAAAAUGUUUUUAAAAAUUUCUUUUACUAACCCUCCUUACAAUUGCUGUAUACUAACUCAAAGAUCUAUUGCAAUAUAAUAAAACAAAAUUAACAUCGAUAUCUUUAAAAAAAAAACCAGUUGACUUAUUCAGGUGUGAAAAAUUUAGUACAAUGCCAAUAAUAUUGCUUUGAAAUAUGGUUAUUGUUUUAGAUCUCUGAUACAUUUAGAUACCAUCUAAAAACUUUUGCUAAAACAAAUGUGCAGAUCUCACAAAGUACUUUUCUUUUUAUAGCUGUGACUAGUUGCUGGACACAUAUUUUGUUCAUUAUUAUAGCUUUCCCAUCACUAUUUGUAGUUUUCAUUUUACUGUAGCUAGUGAUUAAGUUCAGACAUCUUUAGCUAAUUAUUUAUAGAAAAAAUAGAAAUGGACAUUGUCUGAUGAAUCAAAAAUGUAUGUAUUUUUUAUUAAUGGAAUUAAAAAUAAAUUGUAAAUAUUAAAUUAUGGCAUCUUUUAGGAUAAAAUGAACAAAUUUCAUUCAUAUGUUUGCCUUUUGAAAAAGAACCUACAAAGCAGAAUAAAUUGUUUUUUUUUUACAAUAAUUCUUGUCCAUAGUAAUUAAGAAAGGAAAUUUUAGUAUCAAAAUAGCUUUUAUAAUCUGCUAACAAUGGAUUUUUUUAUGAGUGUUUGUCUCACUAUUAGCCUAAAAUAAUAUAUAUUCUUUCUUUUACAUCAUAAUUUUUUUUUUUUAAAAUACUCAUUAGUUUCAUAUGAAUGCAUUUAGACCUAUAACAUGGUCCUGUCGGUCUUGACAUUUAUGACUAGAAAUAAUGGCUAAAAAAAACUAGUAGAUUUUAUCUAACAUGUGUUGGCACCAGUUUACACCUUAUUAAGCUUUGUUAAUCAUGUUUAUAAUGGUAAUAAAGAUCACUAGAAACCCA